AUGAAGUAUUAUAAAGACGAAGGAAAAAUAUUACAAAGUGAAUUUUCGAAAACGUCAUUAGAAGAUGUUGGAAUAUAUACUCAAAAAACAAAUGAAAUGAGAAAAAAAUUAAAGGAAUUAAAGAAGAAAAAAGAGGAAAUCAUCGAGGAAAUGAAGAUGAAGAUGGGAACUGAAGAGGAAGAAGAUUUAAGAAAUAAAUUGAAAAAGUUGGAAGAAGAUGAAAACAAACUAAAGAUUAAAUUUAACGAUUUACAGAUGAAAAAUCGUUUGAAAUCGGAUAUUAGAGAGUAUAAUGGGAACUUUAAAAUACGAAAACGCAAAUUAGGAAACAAUGAAGUUGCUAUAAUGAAGUUACAAAAUGAACAAGAAAAUCUGAGCACUGAAAUGAAAUUAAUAGAAAAUGAGUUAAAAAAGUUAAAAAAUGAAGAGAUUAAAGUAACUGAGGAAGAACAAUUAAAAGACAUUGAGUUAAAGAUAUCAGAAAAAGAAAAAGCAUUGACAGAAAAAGAUGAAAAAAUAAAUGAAAUUAAUAGUAAAAUAUCAGCUCUACAAAAUGGUUAUGGAGAAGAAAAAGAACUGACAGAAGAAGAAGAAACCCGAUUAAAUUUAGAAGAAGAAAAAGAAGAAGAACAAGAAUUAAAAUUAUCGGAAGUGAAAGAAAUAGUAAAAAACGAGGAGAAACCAUUCCUAGAGAAAAAUUCAAAAAUUUUAAAAAUUAAAAAUUUAUCAAUAUUUGAUGAAGAUAAAUAUGGCCUAUUAUCAUUCUUCAAAUCAAACGAGUUUAAAAUUAAUUGUUAUGGAGAAACAGAAAAGGAAAAUGAAAUUGAGAAAAAAUUGGGUGUUUUGGAGUAUGAAUAUAAGGGUAAAAUUUUAUAUAUUUUUUAAAUA